AUGUUUAAGUCAAAGUCAUCACGCUCGUCGUCCACAAUUAAGGCUCAAAGGGCCGCCAUAGAGGCCCUCGCUCUGCGCCGACGUCUUGAGCACGAGCAGGAGCUCGCCGAACGCGAGAGGCAGCGUGAGCUACAACUGGCCGAACGCGAGAGGCAGCGUGAGCUACAGCUGGCCGAACGCGAGAGGCAGCUCGCCGAACGCGAGAGGCAGCUCGCUGAACACGAGAGGCAACGUGAAAGUCGACUGGCAGCACUCCGUCAGCAGGUGGAGGAGGGCGAACUGCAGGCCGAACUUGCCGCUCUCGACGCGGAAGCCGCUUCAAGUCGCAGCAGUCGCAGUGGUUCGGCCAGGAUCAGCGGAGAAAGAACAGAAAGAUGGGUACAAAGUUUAGGACAGCCAGUUUGCGUUGGCGAAAAUACAGUUAUUAGAGGCAUCCCUGCAGUAGGGCGCGAGCCAUUAGUGGUUCCGCCUCCCGGCCACCAGGCAUCUCUGCCGGCCACUGGGUCAACUGCAUCCCCUAUUAACCGUUUUUUUCACCAGAAGCCACUUUCAAACGUCACGAGGCCGUCCGAGGCGGCCGUGCUAUGCGUUGGCGAAGAUACAGGUAAUAGAGGCAUUCCCGCAGUAGGGCGUGAGCCAUUAGUGGUUCCGCCUCCCGGCCACCAGGCAUCUCUGCCGGCCACUGGGUCAACUGCAUCCCCUAUUAACCGUUUUGUUCCUCAGAAGCAACUUUUAAACGUAAAUAAAUCAUCCAACGCGUCCGUGCUAUGCGUUGGCGAAGAUACAGUUAAUAGAGGCAUUCCCGCAGUAGGGCGCGAGCCAUUAGUGGUUCCGCCUCCCGGCCACCAGGCAUCUCUGCCGGCCACUGGGUCAACUGCAUCCCCUAUUAACCGUUUUGUUCCUCAGAAGCAACUUUCAAACGUCACUAAAGCGUCCGAAGCGGCCGUGCUAACGCAACCGCUCAUUUCCACGGAGCUUGAUCGGAGCAGUCUGCUUCAUGCUGUUGCUGUCACUGCAGCUGCGGCCAAGGCGCUUGCUACUUCGCACCGUCUUAAAGUUGCACCUCUGCCAUCUCCACCUCCGCCACCUCCGCCACCUCCUCCACCUCGUCUACCUCCACCUCCACCACCACCUAAACCUCCGGCGAUUCCCAUUCCAAUACCACCAAUUCCGAUACCGGAUCCAAAAUCGCAUCAAAAACAGCCGGAAACCACAAUAGAAAAGUUACAACCAAUAACGGUCUAA